UCCAUUAAAAAAAAGAUGACUGGGGGAAUUAAGGAAGGUGAUCAAAGUGUUGGCCUUGAUAUUCUUAAGCAAAAAAUGGCCAACUUUGCCAAGGAAAGGGACUGGGAUCAGUUCCACAGCCCUCGAAAUCUCCUCUUGGCCCUGGUGGGAGAAGUGGGAGAAUUAUCGGAGAUAUUUCAGUGGAAAGGGGAGGUACCAAAAGGGUUACCCGAUUGGAAAGAGGAAGAGAAAGUUCACCUGGGGGAAGAACUAUCUGAUGUUCUGCUGUACCUGGUAAGGCUGUCCGAUAUCUGCGGCAUUGAUCUUGGGAAAGCUGCUCUGCGCAAAGUUGAACUCAAUGCUAUCAAGUACCCGGCUUCAAACACCAACAAUGGCAUUGCAGAGAGCGGUUGAUCAUCAUCUAUAUCUAUUUAAAUGUUUAGUUUUUGCCAAGGAAUCUGUAUUAAAUUUGGUUCAUAGAUCAUAGCUGGUGGUGGUGGGGUGAUUUCGGUGCAUUUAUUCCCAUAGAUUUUGUUACUGUUUUCAGCAGCUGAAUCCAAUCCUUUCUGA